GUGCAAUUGAGAGCUGGAGAGAUCAUCCGUGACUACACCAUUCUGUGCCAUGGCUGGCUUGCCCAAAGCCAUCGCAGAGUGGAUGCUCACUUGACGUGGCAAGGAGACGAGCCUACUCGCUCCGGCGGUGUUGGAAAACCUGCACGCACGGAAUUCAAGGUUCUGGCGCAUGCUGUCUCCAGCUUUGGCGCUGCAACUUUAGCUGUCGUACGGAUAGCUACCGGUCGCCGGCAUCAAAUCCGCAGUCACUGUUCCUUCAUCGGGCAUGCAGUGGUGCGGGAUGAAAAGUAUACUGCUUUGCAAACACAGGAGCUGGAUUUCAGCUUUUGUGACUCAACUUUUCUGCACCGACAUUGCUUAAUGUUCAACGAUCUCGCUGGUCAGGAGUAUGACGUGGUUGAUCCGCUGCCUGCAGAGCUCUUGGCAGCUCUGCGCACAGCAGCGUGCAAAGACUCGAGCUCCGCUGCAGCGCUCAGCAGCACACUGUGUGGUGAUCUCAAGAAUUGGGAGAUGUCCGCGCAACUCCCCAUGAGUACCUCGUGCAGC